UUUCCUUCUUUCUUUCUCCAUAACCACAGUCCCAUAGCUUGCUUUGUCAUAGAAGAAAAAAAAAAAAUUAACGAUGACAGAGCUAAACUAUCUCGAUGAUCAUUUUCAUCUUCAUCCAAACCUAAUCAUCGACCCUCUAACGGAACAGUGGGGAGACUUGCCCUUCAAGUUCGACGACUCAGAGGACAUGCUCGUCUACAACUCCCUCUGGAACGCCUUCAGCUCCGAUUGGUCCACCCCCUCCAUGGAGGACGUCAAACCUGAGCCAGCAGCCUGUAACUACUUUGAUGAGCUACAUCAAAUUUUGCAGCCUCAAGAUGAUCAAGUUUCCAUUAACAUGAGCGCACCAACUGAACUAUCAUCACCGGAAACUGAAUCAUCAUCAACAGUCUCUCAGACGAGCUACGAUCAGAUACAAGAGGAAGUGCCUACCCCAAAGGUACAGAAUAAGGCCGUAGUACUCGGCGGUGGUACGAGUAGCGUUUCGAGAGGAAGGCAUUACAGAGGGGUGAGGCAGAGGCCGUGGGGCAAGUUCGCCGCUGAGAUUAGAGACCCGAAGAAGAACGGAGCUCGAGUGUGGCUUGGAACCUAUGAGACAUCCGAGGAAGCGGCAGUGGCUUAUGACCGAGCCGCUUAUCGGAUGCGAGGUGCCAAGGCUUUGCUCAAUUUUCCACACCGGAUUGGCCUGAAUGAGCCGCCGCCUGUUAGGGUCACCGGCAAGCGUAAAGACCCUGAAGCCGGAAACAGUCCUACAUCGACGACUACAAGAACGCCGAACUUGAAUAAGAGGACCAAAGCUAGCUUGGCAUCACCGGCGCCUGAUAUGGGAGGUGAUGACCAUGCCAGAGUAAAUGUGCAUCAUACAAGACAUAAUAGUAAUGCAGGUUUACUAGUCAACUGAGAAAAUGUUUGUACGUAGAAUUGUAGUUAAUAACCACCGAGCUAAUGUGACAGGGAGUUUGUUACUGUUUGAGAUUUACUACGGGUUUGAUCAUGAUACAUAUCACAUAAAGUGCUCGAGAAGAUGUGAUUUGUUCAUUUUCUUGAUUCCCAAAAUUCGAAAAUGUAUAAUUUGCCAAAAGAAAAGGGCAUAUGCCAAUGUUUCUUUGUUGGU